CACAACAAAUCAAGCCUUGAUCAUAAUUUCUUGUAGCCUUCACAACUUCUUUAAUUUCCACUUCACCAAAAGCUAUAUAAAUCUUGGCAUUUUGCCAAUAAACUCAUUAUUUGUUGAACUUAUAAACAUGGAUACGGUGAUGAAGUUGGGAGCAACAAGCUCUGUGGUGAUAUUCAGCAAGAGUAGUUGUUGCAUUUCUCAUAGUAUUGAAACCCUAAUCCGUAGUUUUGGAGCAAACCCUACCGUUUACGAGCUCGAUAGACAUCCAAAUGGGAAGCAAAUAGAGAAGGCUCUAAUUGAAUUAGGGUGUCAGCCAAGUGUGCCAGCAAUUUUUAUAGGGAAUGAGUUGGUUGGUGGUUCUAAUGAGAUCAUGAGCCUUAAUGUGAGAAGCAAGCUGAAACAAUUGCUCAUUAGAGCUAAUGCCAUUUGGGUAUAGAAAGAGAAACUCUACGAGUUUUGAUAGUAAUUAAACCACUUAUUGAGAGUCUUUUAGCUUCUUCAGAUGUUUUUAUAAAGUUGUUGUUUUGGUAAUAGUCGUUUCUUAUGGCUAUAUAAUGACGGUUUUGUUUGUUCACAGCUGAUGAUCAUAUGAAAGUAGAAGUUAAUAACAAUGAGAAUCUUUACGUAAUGCAUUUUAAUCCACGGUAUUAAUAAU